UCGAGUGGAUUUAUCAUUGCUAUUUGUCGGGUCUUGAGCGGGUUAUACGCGCGCCGCGUGUGUGUGUGUGUAUGUACAUAUAGCAGUCGCGCAGCGCUGAGGCUGCUGUCGGGGUGGCUACACGUACGUACGUAUCAAGUAAGAGAAAGAGAGACAUGCAUCAACGUGUACUACGAUCCAGUUAGCAACUCCUCCUUGCAAGCGCUGCAACGACUAGGGCUCUUUCCCUUACGUACCAACAGUGCCGCUAGCUGUCGUGCAAGCUCCAGCCAAAGAAACAACCGACGCGAGCUUUUUGGGCUAUGCGCUAGACUCUGUGCUUGCAAGCUUCCUGUGCCUCUAUUAUUGCCGAUGGUCGUGCUUUAAAGUGCGCGUAUCAGUGCAUUGUUUUUUUUUUUUUUUUUUGUUGUGAUUUUCCAAUUGGAGGAAGGAAACUCGCUCGUCGAUAUCCUGUGUGCCGAAUCGGCCGUGCGUGUCGAUGAGUGGCCCCGUCGUUCGCGUUCGGGCAGCAGUGCAUCCACAUCGUCGUCGGCGACGACGCUCCGACUCUCGCCGUCCGCGACUCGAGUCCUUAAAUGCUCGAUAAGCCGCUGCUGCUCUCGCCUAGGCUGUUGCUGAAACAAGCGUCAGAUGCUCGUCGUGCCGCUGCUGCUGAUUCGUCAGUUGUUGUACCAGCACCGGCGGUAGCAAAACGACGACGACGACGAUUACUAGGAUUGUUGUGCAGCCGCUGCCAUGGCCGCAGCUCGUCUCCUCACCACCGGCAGCAGCAUAGCGGCAGCUCGUCCUGUCGCCGCUGCCGCUGCUGUUCGUCGCUCCAAUACGCGUACGCUGGCGGUUCUGCCGGUCUUUCUGCUGGUCGGGCUGCAGCUGCUCGUGAUCGUGGUGCCGACCUAUCGGGUGACAGCCACGGGCAAUUGGGAGCACGACGACGACGAUCCAGUGACGACGAUCGAUGUGAGCGCGGUGCUCGGCCGCACGGCAUCCUUACCCUGUGACAUUGAGCCCGAGCCGUCCAAGCGAGACGAUCGAGUUUAUAUGGUCCUAUGGUUUCGCGACACAUCAGUCAAGCCGAUUUACAGCUUCGACGUGCGAGGCCGAGCGUUCAACAAGGCGCUCAAUUGGUCGGACAACAACGCCAUGGGUCCGAGGGCCUACUUCGUCACGCUUACCAAGCCGGCGGCCCUUCAGCUCGAGGCCGUCCAGCUCAACGACGAGGGCAUCUACAGGUGCAGAGUGGACUUUAAGAAUUCACCCACGAGAAAUUAUCAGGUCAAUCUCACGGUCAUCGUUCCACCCCAUCAAUUGCUGAUCUACGACAGUUCGGGGGCACAGGUGAAGACGACCGUCGGCCCGUACGAGGUCGGCCAGCAGUUCAGCCUGACGUGCGAGGUGCGCGGCGGCAAGCCCCGGCCCCAGGUGCGCUGGUACGGCAACGGCAAGGAGCUCAACGGCUCGCUCGACACGACGGCCGCUGGCAGCAAUAUCGUCGUGAACCGGAUGCAGGUGUCGCAUCUGCGCAGGGAGCAUCUCAACGCGACCUACAGCUGUCAGGCGAGCAACGCCAACGUCAACCUCAUGCUGCCGCUCGAGCAGUCCGUCCGACUCGACGUUUAUCUGAAACCAGUUUCGGUGAAGAUAUUAACGAAACCGACGGUCAUGGAAGCCGAUCGGGACUAUUCGAUAUCGUGCGAGGCCGAGGGAUCCCAUCCAAGUGCCAAGAUCAGCUGGUUCGAGGGCCAUACAGCCUUCAAUAACGGCCGGGUAUCCGGAAGCGAGGGUCCAGGCAUGCUGGUGCUGAGCACUUUGACUUUCGCCCCCCUACCAGAGGAUCACGGCAAAAUACUCAAGUGCCGGGGCGAGAAUCCCGUGCUGCAAGCGCCUCAUCUCGAAGACUCUUUUCACAUGAACGUCGUCUUUCCACCGAAGGUACAAUUAGAACUUGGCAGUACGCUACGAGCCGAGAACAUCAAGGAGGGCGACGACGUCUACUUCGAGUGUAAGGUGCGCGCCAACCCCGAGCAUCACAAGAUCACUUGGCGACACAAUAAUGGCGCACUGAUGCAAAAUUACUCGGCCGGCAUAAUAAUGAGCACGCAGAGCCUCGUGCUGCAGCGAAUCGAGCGAGAGAACGCUGGGAAUUACACGUGUCUCGCCAGCAACGAUCGGGGCGAAACGAGCAGUCCGACCGUCGCGCUCCGAGUACAAUUCGCGCCAAUCUGCAAGAGCAAAGAGGUGACGAUAAUCGGCGCUUCGCUGGAGGAGUCGGUGCGCGUGCGCUGCGAGGUCGAGGCCGACCCGGCCGAGGUCGACUUCGUCUGGGAGUUCAACAAUUCCGGGGAGAACUUCGAGGUGGCGCCGGCCCGCUUCGACGGCAACAACGGCACCACCAGCGAGCUCCUCUACACGCCGAUGACGGAGCGCGAUUACGGCGCGCUCACCUGCUGGGGCCGCAAUCCCAUCGGCAAGCAGGCCGCCCCCUGCGUCUAUCAGAUCAUACCGGCGGUCAAGCCGAGCCCGCUCAGCAAUUGCACCAUCAAGACUGGAUUGAACAAUAGGAGCUUGGAGAUACUCGACGUCGAGUGCAUCGCCGGAUACGACGGCGGACUUAGGCAAGAAUUUCGCCUCGAGGUGUACGAAGUAUCGACGGGCAAACUUAAGCUGAACAUGUCGAGCUCGCUCGCGGACAGUCCCGUGUUUCGGCUGCCACUCAUCGAGCUGCUGCCCUCGACGCACUUUUACUUGGCCGCCUACGCCGCCAACGCCAAAGGCAGGAGCGAAGUUGUCAGACUCGAGGACGUCGUACUGGGCGAUCCCGACAAACACGCCGAGAGUCCGGUGAACAUGAUCCCGCUGAUCCUGCUGCUGGUCGGCUGCAUCCUGGCCCUGGCCGUCACGGUGGUCUCGGUCGUGCUGAUGAUGUACCGGCGCCGCGGCAGCACCUCCCCGGUCCACAUCGAGCCGUACAUGAAGCAGCCCAUCAUCACGCCGCCGGACUCGCGCAACAACUCCAUGCUGGACGUGGCGCACGGCGACCACACGUACUUCGUCGAGUACACCCUCAAGCAGGUGGCCGACUACCAGAUCAACAAUCAGCCGGACAUCAUACAGUCGCCGCAGGUCGACCAGGAGAAGAUGAAGAAGGAGCCGCAGCUCUUCCUGCCCGUCAGGCCGGACACCCUGUUCGCCCCCUACGACCUGCACAAGCAGAGCUUGCAGAACAAUCGAUGCAGCUUGAAUCCGUUCUCGGCGAAGCUGUGGGAACCGAUCAGCUUCAAAGCUGAUCGCAAUCUCAUGAAGGAGAUCAUCAUAGCCAAUUCCAUACCGGGGCCCGAGAGCUGCGUGUAAGUCGCGCACGCAUCCGCAGCAGCAGCGGUCGCCGCACGCAAUCUCAUCGUACCACAACGAUUUAUAAUAAAAAAAAAAUGUAUAUUACAAAAAAAAGGAAACUACGAGAUCGCAGUUGCUAGCUGCACACGGUAGCUGUUCGACCAUGACGCGCGUACAUUCGACCCCCUUUUCUUCUCCAUUUUAUCGCAUCGUUGUACAUAAAAAUGGCCUACGCAUCCGUAUAGAUCAUCCGGCAGCAAAUAUCUUUUUCCUGUAUUCAUGGACUCCCCAACGCAACGCAACAAAACAUAUCAAUGAAAAUCGAUAUCAUGGCAUGAAAACGCACACACACACAUAAUCAUCGCGAAAUAAAAUCGUUUCUAUAUUAUAUAUAAUGUCGCGUCGAGUGGUUUUUGCAGCGAGUCGGAACGAACGAAAAAGAACCAUUAUACGAUAUACAUAUAAAGCAUAGAAAAUAUUUAAAAUAAAUUAUUAUGCAAGAGUUAGAGAAACGACGGGGACAAUGUUACGUUAUAAAUAAUAUGAAUAAUUACGGAAAACCCGAGUGCAAUAUACAUAACGAUGAAAAUUUAUUUUGUGUCCGAGAUAAGUGCGAGGCGGUAACACAAUUUUCGUUUCUCAAAGUCCCGAGGUAUAUAUAAAUGCAUAAAUUAUAUACGUUAUACUGUCCAAACACAAAGUCUACGUGCGUGUCCGUGCAUAAACGCGUGUCCAAGAGUGUAAAAGAGCUCAACCUCUUUUUUUGUCAUCUCAUCGUUUUCGAUGAAGUGUUAAGUGCACAUACUCAUUGACGGGCUGCCUCCUUUUUUUUUAUUUAUGAAAUCUUGACCCGCACAACUGAGCACACAUUGAUUUUCUGAAAUAUAAUAUAUAUCGUUGCUCUAUAUUAAAAAUCAAUGGUGUAGUAUUGGAAGAAUUUAAUUCGAGUUUUUAGCCUUCGCACAUAUCGAACAAAUACUCAACACAUCAUACACACACACAUUGGAUUCAAUGAUGUAGAACGCCGCAAACAAAUAUUGUAGUAGCCUCGGUGAGAUAGUGCGUGUAAAGUAGAGAGAGAAUGAGUGAGUCUGUAUGUGUAAACAAUGUGUGAGCUCGUGAACUCUAUAUUGUGUAAAUUAAUGAUUUAUAAGCGCGUGCAAAAAUUUCAUUAUCCUAACGUAGGCUAAAAAAUAAGCAUGGAAAUAAAUAAAAACUCAACUAGAAAGUUCUCUCCAUUAUACGUGUCUGGAGCUGCGAUUGAAUGAUUAAUCAGGCGGGUUGUAAAGUGAUAUAAGGCAUAAGUAGUUAGUUAUUAACGGGAUAUAAUGAACUUAAAUGAAAGAUCGUUUCGUAGAAAGCACACACACAUAAUUCAUGCAAAAACUCAAUUUAGAUUAAUUAUAUCAUUAUAUGAUGUACAUCGAUUUAUGAAACCGAGUACUUUUGAAAGUGUUCGCAAACAAAAAAUGCGCAUGAUAAAUAUAAAUAUAUAAUACAUGUAUAUCAUCUAAAGAACAAGACUGCUUUUCAAAAAAAAUAAAUUGUAAAAUAAUCACCGUAUAAGCACGUAAUAUAUCACACAUUCGGACCACAUUUGUUACGCGAUAAUCCGAGCGAUUCGUUUUUACAUACGCGCAAACGUAUAUAUAGUUAUGUGGCAAAGAGGAAUAAAAAUAAAAUACGCGCUGAGAAAUUUACAGGGAUGUUAGUUAUCGAUUAUCAUGCUUUUCUCGCGUUUUACGAGUGAGGAUGAGAGAGGCCGAGAGAAUGCGAAGGUGAGAGGUGAGAGUUUAUUUAUAAUACUUUUGCCAUUAUCGACGUAUUAUGUAACACAUAUUCAUGCUUCUAAAAACUACAACUGCCAUGAUUAUUCUUCUUGUAAUUGUGUGGAUAUGACUGAAUUUCGCGUGCUUGUGAGAAUGAUAAAUGACGUUUUUUUUUUCAUAAAAAAGUUCCUAUACAUACACGCAUAAUUUGAGUUAUUCGACCGACAAACUGAUGGUUCUUGUUCUCGGUUUCCAUUAGACGAAUAUUUGCUCCAAUAGCUCUUACGUAUAAAUUAUAAAUAGAAAUUUAAUUAAGGGAGAAAAAAGUAAAUCUAUGUAUUAUACAUGAAAAUGCCCGUCAAUGAAUGAUGAAUGAUGUUGCGCGUACGUAGAAUAUUUCUUACUGCUUAAUUGAGCGCCGAAGUAUCGACACGAUAUCAGUGACGCUAUUAAGUAUAUAAAGUUAAAAAAUAACAACAUGGGUGUGUGUAAUUUAUUCGCUAUUGAUAAAUGAUAAUGCAGGAAAACAACUGUAAAAUUUUUUUAAAGAAAAUACGAAAACGACGAAGAUAUCGAUUUUUUGUAAAGAAAAUGAAUAAAAAAUCAACCAAACAAAUCUGUAUAAUACAAAAAAAGCGUAAGAAAUUGUGAAUAAAUGUGAAGACAGCUUUAA